UCUGGACAAACUAAUUUUGGCCACAUUUGCCAGCGCACGCAACGAAUAAGGCGCAAAAAAACGAAGCAAAAAAGUGCCUCGCUGGGCACGCAUUUUGUGGUAGAAAAAAUUGGCAGGCAGCUGAAGUCGCCAACGACGGCAGCGACGCCGGCAGAGGGCUGCAGGCAGCGGCCACUCAAAAAUCCUGCCAGACCGAAACUGAAAUAUAAAUUAAAUUGGUGAAUAUUGUUGGAUAUUGUCCGCAGAACGAGGGGGGCCUCUCGCAUCAGCUGUGACCAAAGUGGAGCCAGCGAGAACAAUACUUGGAUUUCGAAGAGUGCAACGGAAUGGAAACGGAGACGAAAGCCAGCAGCGAGGAGCAGGCCAAAACGGCAAUGCCCGUGGCCAUGGACACCCUUGAUCCGCCGCCGCCCAGCAGCUCGAAGACCCUAAAACGCUGCCUCAGUGUGCCAAUAAUCCGCACACCCUCCGGGCGACCCUCGCCACACGCACCGAUGACCACACGCGCAGCCGCAGCUGCUGCCGCCGCGGCCAAGGAGCACGAGCAGACGCCAAAGAAGAACCCACCGCAGCACCAGCAGCAGGAGCACUACGCCUCCAAAUGCAACUCAACCAUCGAUUAUUUUGGCAAGAGCAUGCACAUCCGAUCGCAGCCAAAUUCCCGCGAAGUGUCGCCAGCGCCGGUGUUCAACAUCUUUGCACCACGUGCCCGCCGCUACUCGGCCAGCUACAGUCCGAUGUCCACCGCCAACGGGGCGGCAAACGGGGCCGCACUGUGCCUGACGCCGCGCGUCUCCCAGCUGCGACAGGAGGAGUGCGCCGACCUGAACAGCCGCGAGGUGAACCACGAGCGGGAAGUGCACCGCGAAAUACAGAUCUCCCAGAGCUGGGAAGACCUCACUCUGGUGGCCGAGAACUGGUCGUGCAAGUCCGAAGAGCUCUCCAAUCCGCUGCAGGUCACACUGCCACCGACGGGCAGCACCAGCUGCUCCAGUCCCAGUCCCACCAGCAAUCGGGCGGGCAUGCGUCUGCCCUACUCGCCGUCACCCACGCGGCGUACCUUUGCCACCAGGCGCUCCAUGUCGCCCAUCGCCAUGCGUCCCUCCCAGCUGGGACCGGUGAAGCGCAAGUUCGAGCUGGACGACAAUCCCGGUGGCAGCAACUGGAGUGUCUACUCGCCGUCGCCCAUGAAGAAGAUGUUUACAGAAAGUAGUCGCGGCUCGUCGCCGGUGUGCCAAUCCCCAUCCUCUGUGUGUCCCAGCCCCGACUCGGGCACCUACGAUGGACGCAUCACCCCCAAGCUGUUCAUCUCCAAGCUGUGCACAAACAAUGCCGUCGGAGCUGGUGGCCAGAACAACAACAGCAGCAGCUCCGGCUGUCCCUCGCCCAGUUCCGCCUCACCCGGAGCUGGUGGCAGCAGUGGAACGGGCAUGGAUGCUGGCUCCUCAUUGGAGCCCAUGUGUCUGGCCCUGUCUGGCAGCAGUCAGAGCCAGAGCAUCGAUGAGGGAAUCUCCAUACCGGAGAGUGAGCUCAACUCUUGCCGCAGUCGCACCUCCUCCAUACUCUCCACGGCGUCGUCGAGCACCCAAGUGCUGGUCAACGAUCUGGCCGACGAUGCCACCCUGAUGGACGAUGCCAAGAGCGAAACUUCAUCGAUCGGCGGCUGUUCCACCAUCAGCAUAGAGUCCUCGUCAUGCGACAGCGGUGCCAAGACGGCGGCCACCUUUCUCAAUCGUCUGGUGGUGGACGAUGGCAACUCGCCGCUGGCCCAAAAGAGCUUCUACAUCAACAAGCAGGGUCUCUCGGGGGCCAAGAAGUACAUUGUUAACCAUCAUGAGGGUGGCGGCGGUGGUGGUGCAGCCGCCGGCAAAGAUGUGCAGCAAAAGCUUUAAGCAAUCGUUUUGCGGAUUGUCCCCAAACUGUACAUUAAGAUAAUUAAUUGAUAUCUAAGAUAAAGCACUUACCAAGAUGCCCUCGAGCCUGCAUUGAUCCCACAUUAGUUAAUAGUUUUGUUGUACAUAGUUAAGUUGUUUCGCCUUCGAUUAGAAGCAUAUCAUCAAGCAAUCAAAUACCCCACCACAUUCUCCUUUAGA